AUUCAAUAGAAGUUUUCUUUUUGUUUUAUUUCAAAUUAUAAAUAUUUAUUUUGUUCCAAUCAAUCGAUCCAUCAAAACUAAAAUCUCAAAUUUUUUUUCUCUUUGAGCGUUCCUCUAUCUAAUCUUCCACUCUAUUAUCGGAAAUAUAUUUCUGUUAUUCCGAUUCUGCCCCUGACCACUCCAUUAUUUACAGUCAACACCACCGCCGCCGGCAUCAUGAAUCCUAUGUUGCUGGUCAACUGCGCCGGCUGCCGUACUCCGUUGCAGCUACCGCCGGGAGCCCCAUCCAUACGCUGUGCCCUCUGCCACGCCAUCACUCACAUCGCCGAUCCACGCGCAGUCCCUCCUUCUCAACCAUCGUCGACCUCACCUUACGCGCCGGUACCUCGUCCCUCCUCCCACGCGCCCCCUCCUCCGUCUCCGUAUGGACACGCGCCUCCGGGACCGCCCCCGAGCGCGCACGGGCGAAAAAGGGCUGUGAUUUGUGGGAUAUCGUACAAGUUCUCGAGGCACGAACUCAAGGGGUGCAUCAACGACGCCAAGUGCAUGAAGUACCUGCUGAUCAACAAGUUUAAGUUUCCGGCGGAGUCUAUUCUCAUGCUCACAGAAGAAGAAACUGAUCCAUACAGGAUUCCAACUAAACAUAACAUUAGGAUGGCUCUAUUCUGGUUAGUACAAGGAUGUCAAGCGGGUGACUCCUUGGUGUUUCACUACUCUGGUCAUGGUUCACGGCAGAGAAACUACAAUGGUGAUGAAGUUGAUGGAUACGAUGAAACUCUGUGUCCCCUGGACUUCGAAACUCAGGGUAUGAUUGUUGAUGAUGAAAUCAAUACAUCAAUUGUUAAACCUCUUCCCCAUGGAGUUAGGCUCCACGCAAUAAUAGAUGCUUGUCAUAGUGGCACUGUACUAGAUUUGCCAUUCCUCUGCAGAAUGAGCAGGAGCGGACAGUAUGUAUGGGAGGAUCAUCGGCCUAGAUCAGGCGUGUGGAAAGGAACAAGUGGUGGAGAAGUUAUUUCCUUCAGUGGUUGUGAUGAUGAUCAAACUUCAGCUGAUACAUCUGCUUUAUCAAAGAUUACAUCAACUGGUGCUAUGACUUUCUGCUUUAUCCAAGCCAUCGAGCGUGGACAAGGGAACACAUAUGGGAGCAUACUGAAUUCCAUGCGAUCUACCAUUCGGAGUACAGGUAGUGGUGGUGGGCUUAGCGGUGGCAGUGAUGUUGUUACAACUCUUAUUGGCAUGCUUAUGACAGGAGGCAGUGCUGGUGGUGGGCUAAGACAGGAGCCUCAAUUAACUUCCUGCCAGCCAUUUGAUGUGUAUACUAGACCUUUCUCCCUUUGAUUUUUUGUGUCCAUAAAUUGAUUUAUUCUCACAUUUACUGUAUUCAUGAGUAAUAAAGUUUUUAUUAUUUUUUUGUUAAUCUUUUCCUCUUCGGUUGACAAAACUGUCCGUUUUAAUGAGAGUGAAACAAAGUGUGUUAAAUUUUCCUGCAUCA